AUGGAGAAUGGGCGCAAUACAAAGAAUACCUCGGAGGAACAUUGCAUUUGGUCUCCAGGUUGUAAAUUAGAAGAUAUCGCACGAGGGUCUUCAGACGAAAACCACCUUUCCCUGAAUAUACAUCCAGCGCUUCACAGUGCAAAUAUAUCAUCUGAUCUCUCUAUUCUUGAAGAGUGCUCUCCUGGUGACUCAAAUAUUGCUUCACAUAGUAAAGAUCAUAGCGGUGAUGCAGUAAUUUCUUCUUCUGAGUAUGGGAAAUGUUUUACACACAAAUCAUCUCUUGUUAGACGUCAGCAAUGUCACACAGAUGAAAAUCCAUUUGCAUGCUCUGAGUGUGGGAAAUGUUUUACACGCAAAUCACAUCUUGUUAGACAUGAGAGAUGUCACACAGGUGAGAAACCAUUUCCAUGCCCCGAGUGUGGGAAAUGUUUUACAGAGAAAUCAAAUCUUCUUGCACAUCAACGACGUCACACAGGUGAGAAGCUAUUUGAAUGCUCUCAGUGUGGGAAAUGUUAUACACAGAAAUCAUAUCUUGUUAUACAUCAGAUAACUCACACAGGUGAGAAGCCAUUUGCAUGCUCUGAGUGUGGGAAAUGUUAUACACAGAAAUCAUAUCUUGUUAUACAUCAGAGAACUCACACAGGUAAGAAGUCAUUUGCAUGUACUGAGUGUGGGAAAUGUUUUACACAGAAAUCACAUCUGGUUAUACAUCAGAGACGUCACACAGGUGAGAAACCAUUUCCAUGUUCUGAGUGUGGGAAAUGUUUUACACAGAAAUCACAUCUUGUUAUACAUGAGAGAAAUCACACAGGUGAGAGGCCAUUUCCAUGCUCUGAGUGUGGGAAAUGUUUUACACAGAAAUCACAUCUUGUUAUACAUGAGAGAAGUCACACAGGUGAGAGGCCAUUUGCAUGUUCCGAGUGCGGGAAAUGUUUUAAAGAUAAAUCUGGCCUUUGUACACACACACAAUUUCACACAGAUGUGAAACCAUUUCCGUGUUCUAAUUGUGAUAAGUAUUUUACUCAGAAAUCAUCUCUUGUUACACAUCAGAGAAUUCACACAGGUGAGAAGCCUUUUCCAUGCUCUGAGUGUGGGAAAUGUUUUACACAGGCAUCAUCUCUUGUUACACAUAAGAGUAGUCACACAGGUGAGAAGCCAUUUCCAUGCUCUGAGUGUGGGAAAUGUUUUACACGGAAAUUACAUUGUGUUAUACAUGAGAGAAGUCACACAGGAGAAAAGCCAUUUCCAUGCUCUGAGUGUGGGAAAUGUUUUACACAUAAAUCAUCUCUUGUUAUGCAUGAGAGAAGUCACACAGGUGAGAAGCCAUUUACAUGCUCUGAGUGUGGGAAAUGUUUUACACAGACAUCAUCUCUUCGUAGACAUGAGAAGUCACAUAGAUGAGAACCAGCUAUUUUAAGACAUCAGAUAGUCACAGUUGAAUUUCUUUGGUAGACAAGAAACGAUGUAGCAUUAAUAUUUACAUGUAAGAAAAGUUAUAACAUUUGUUUAUUUAGCACCUUUUUCACUAUAAAGUGUUGCUAACACAUUGCGCAUAGGCCAAAAGCCGUUGAGGGCAGCUCUUAACAUGCGAUUUUUAGCAGUAGCAGUUUUAAGAAAAUGGCAAUUUCAGUCUCAAUAGCGAUCCACGCUGAUUGAGGUCCCAAAUCCCAUAUCACACACAUUAUUGUUUUAUUUUUAACCUUUGUUGGAGAAAACCAGAGUAAUCAGUGGCAAGCUAAACAAGCAAGAAGAGAACACACAAACUCCACACAAAUAGUGCCUUGGUAAGGAUCAUAUCUGAAGCAGCAGUUGUAACCACUAUGCAGCCAUGAAUAGUAAUAGUUCUUCCUUUGAAUAUAUGAUGAAAGCAGGCAUAAUUAAAUGUGCAGAGUGUAUUCAGAUCAGCGGCACUGCUAUGGGGGUAGUGAAUGCCCCCUAAUAUGAAACUUGUUUCCAGUGGUGGCUUCAGGGGGACAGGAUCAACCAAACCCUCACGUUACCAUUACUAGCAACACAGUCAGAGGGAGGGGUCUGGUGUGAGGGUGGGGCUACACAGCACAUGGUACAGCUCUGGCCCCUGUAUACACUAUGGUAGAUAGAAGGGGGGGGGAGCAGCCGCAGAGUAGCCAAUAUGCUGCCUGUUGUAUAAGAGGGAGGGGGCACUGUAUUGUGUAUGUGUGUGACCAUCUAAUUAUGGGCCUAAUUCAGACCUGAUCGCUCGCUAGGCUUUUUUUGCAGUCCUGCGUUCACAUAGUCGCUGCCCAUAGGGGAGUGUAUUUUUGUUUUAUGCGAAUGCAUGUGUAGCAGAGCUGUGUGAACAGAUCUUGUGCAGUCUCUGCGCAGCCGAGGACUUACUCAGUCACUGCGAUCACUUCAGCCUCUCCGGGACCGGAACUGACGUCCGACACCCGCCCUGUGAACGCUUAGGCACACCUGCGUUUUCCCAACCACUCCCUGAAAACGGUCAGUUGCCACCCACAAACGCCUUCUUCCUCUCAAUCUCCUUGCGAACGCCCGUGCGAAUGGAUUCUUUGCACAAACCCAUCGCUGAGUGGCGAUCCGCUUUGUACCCGUGGAACGCACCUGUGAAUUGCGGUGCAUACGCAUGAUAAUCGAUAAGGGAGGAGGGGUAAUGGAUAUCUUCUGCACUAGUGAAAAGUCAAUUAGUAUUUCAUUAAA